AACUGCAUGGUCAUUUAUUACAAACUAAGUUCCUYUACYUGUAACUGGAGUGUCGUUUCUUUCGUUAAAAUGGGUGAAUAUCCAGGAGAAGGCUACAAAAUGUCMGGUUAUGGACUUAAACUGUACAAUCCACAAGAAGAAAAAAGUCAAUGGGUCGAAACUGUCAAGCGCGAAGAAAGUAUUCGAACAAACCACAUCGUGACAAAAGGAGGUGAAAAUGUUUCCAGUUCGUGGAAAAUCAAAAAACCCGAACCCAUAGACAUCACACAAGACACUAGCUACUUCAAAGCAAAGACUUUGCACGACCGACCAUCGACAUACGACCGUAUCAAUCGAGUUGUACUAGGAUACGACCAAAAACUACACAGAGACGACCGUGAGCACGCUAAAUCCAGAGGACUUCGAGUCAACAGCGAGGAGAGUGUGUUACCAGUCCCAUCGCUGUCGUCGUCUGUUUAUGGACAUCCAAAUAGAAAACCUCUUGAAUUCCCUGACAGAAARCACGUGCGCGUUGAACUGUGUAAGAAGGACUUUCUACGACUAAAUGGGACAAACAUAUCGACGAAUGAUCCUAACUACCAAUAGCUUAUUAGCCAAUAGUAGAUAUGAGUCCUAGGUAUGGUUACGGCAUUAACUUAAAAUAGGAUAUGGAGCCCUAAAACAASAAGAUGUUUGKKGAAGGGAGGGGUGCAAGACUCUCCGUACACAUGGGCGAUGGAAGGAAAACAGGAGUGGURGASGAACGCUCUYACUGCAGUAAAGGCGAAGAAAACGGACAGGGAUAAAAGACACCAGUAGCCGCAGAACACAAGGUUUCUUCUCGCUUUUCCUCUUACGUCUCCAGUCGCUGAAUCACAAACGCACGCAAAGGACUUUUGAAUACGCGCGAAAAUACUUUACGUCUUUGCUGUGAAAACACGUGCGCAAUGCAUUACGUCUCUGCUUGUCUACUUUCACACGAAUGUGAGUGGGUUGCGUCCCCGUCUUCUUCAUCUCCGCUUUCUUCGCCACUAGCUAGAGCUAAURGUUCAAAAAGGUUGAAGUUUGGACCUUUUAAAGAAAGAAUUAACUUUUUGAUAGAUGUUAUAUCUAUAUUUUCAGUUAACGAAAAUAAUUAUGUAAAUGCGUAGAAUUUUAUCGUUUAAACUUUAUUUACAUGGACUUGUACUUUUCAAGCUUCAUUCAAUAGCUUAAUGGUUUCUAAAUUCAAUUUUAUGUACAUUUUCAAUUUUAAAAUUCCACAAUUUGUUUCAUAGUUACGAUACAUAAAAU